AUGUCCAUUCUGGAGCGGCUGGAGCAGAUGGAGAGGAGGAUGGCCGAGAUGACUGGCUCCCAGCAGCACAAGCAGGCCGGCAGCGGAGGCGGCAGCGGAGGCGGCAGCGGGAGUGGUGCCGGAGGGGGCCAGGCCCAGUGUACAUCGGGUGCCGGAACCCUAGGGAGCUGCUUCGAGAGUCGUGUGGUGGUCGUCUGUGAGAAGAUGAUGAGCCGAGCCUGCUGGGCCAAAUCCAAGCACUUGAUCCAUUCGAAGACUUUCCGUGGGAUGACCCUCUUACACCUGGCCGCUGCCCAGGGCUAUGCCACCCUGAUCCAGACCCUCAUCAAAUGGCGCACAAAGCAUGCCGACAGCAUUGACCUGGAACUGGAAGUCGACCCCCUGAAUGUGGACCACUUCUCCUGUACUCCUCUGAUGUGGGCCUGUGCCCUAGGGCACUUGGAAGCGGCAGUGGUGCUGUACAAAUGGGACCGCCGUGCCAUCUCCAUCCCAGACUCUCUGGGAAGGCUGCCUUUGGGAAUUGCCAGGUCCAGGGGCCACGUGAAAUUAGCAGAGUGUCUGGAGCACCUGCAAAGAGACGAGCAGGCCCAGCUGGGACAGACCCCCAGGAUCCACUGUGCCCCAAGUGAAGAGCCAAGCGCGGACAGUUGGAUGGCCCAAUGGCACAGGGAGGCCAUGAGCUCUCCAGAAAUACCCAAAGGAGUCACUGUUAUUGCAAGCACCAAUCCAGAUCUGAGAAGACCUCGGUCUGAACCCUCUAAUUACUACAGCAGUGAGAGCCACAAAGAUUAUCCGGCUCCCAAAAAGCAUAAAUUGAACCCCGAGUCCUUCCAGGCAAGGCAGGAGAAACUGCUUUGCACUGCACUGAGCCUGGAGCAGCCAGAUACCAGGAAGCAGAGCCCUAGUUCUAAGCAGUCUUCCCCUGAGACAAUCAGCCCCAGUGAAGGAGUGAGGGACUGCAGCCGGGAAGCCUCCCCUCCCACUCCACAGGCCGCAGCAUUCCAAGCCUCUGCACCUCAGCCUGUAGUAAAGUGGAGUUCCAAAGAUCUUUACAUUGGUGUGUCUACAGUACAGGUGACUGGAAAUCCGAAGGGGACCAGUGUAGUAAAGGACGCGGCACCUUCACAGGUGCGUCCGAGGGAACCAAUGAGUGUCCUGAUGAUGGCUAACCGAGAGGUGGUGAAUACAGAAAUGGGGGCCUACCGGGAUAGUACAGAGAGCGAGGAAUGCCCCCAGCCCAUGGAUGAUAUUCAGGUGAACAUGAUGACCUUGGCGGAGCACAUUAUUGAAGCCACACCAGACCGAAUCAAGCAGGAGAACUUUGUGCCCAUGGAGUCCGCGGCCCUGGAAAGGACAGAUCCUGCCACCAUUAACAGUACGAUGAGCUGGCUGGCCAGUUACCUAGCUGAUGCCGACCGUCUGCCCAGUGCUGCCUACAUCAGGAGCGCGUACACUGAGCCCCUAACUCCUUCUUCUAAUGCCAGCUUGAGUCCUGCAGGCUCUCCUGUCAGUGAAGUAGCUUUUGAGAAACCCAGCCUUCCCUCGGCAGCAGACUGGUCAGAAUUCCUGAGCGCGUCCACCAGCGAGAAGGUUGAGAACGAGCUGGCUCAGCUCACACUGUCAGACCAUGAGCAGAGAGAGCUCUACGAAGCUGCCAGGCUUGUCCAGACAGCCUUCCGGAAAUACAAGGGCAGACCCUUGCGGGAACAGCAGGAAGUGGCUGCUGCCGUCAUUCAGCGCUGCUACAGAAAGUACAAACAGCUGACAUGGAUAGCCUUGAAGUAUGCCCUUUACAAAAAGAUGACCCAGGCGGCCAUUCUCAUCCAGAGCAAGUUCCGAAGUUACUACGAGCAAAAACGGUUCCAGCAGAGCCGGCGAGCUGCAGUGCUCAUCCAGAACUUCUACCGGAGUUACAAGAAGUGCGGCAGGAGGCGGCCAGCUCGAAGGACAGCCGUCAUUGUACAGCAGAAGCUCAGGGGCAGUUUGCUGACCAAAAAGCAGGACCAAGCUGCUCGAAAAAUAAUGAGGUUUCUACGCCGCUGUCGUCACAGAGUGAAAGAAUUGAAAAAGGCCAAGGAACUUGAAGACAUACAGCAGCAUCCCUUAGCGAUGUGACAUUGCUUCUCAGACUGUUUUCAUUUGUUUUUAGCAGAGACAUGCAACAACAACCAACAUGCUCGUGCACACACACACACAC